AUGGCGCGCCCGCCGCCGCGCUGGUUCUGCAGCUUCCAGAGACGUUCGGCCCCUCGCGCUGCUCCUUCGCCAGCUCGUGGGAAGAAGUGGCCCCCGCCCUCCAAGGCCACACCGUCGCGGUCGAAAAAGCAGCCGAGAGAGGCAGGUGUCAGAGGCCCGCAGACACAGGUUGACCAGACGGUGGAUGCUGGCCUCGGCGUCGGCGGAGUCAUUCUGACAGAUCUGAGAGCUCACGAUUGGUCGGUCGGAGCCGAGCUAAAUAUAUUCCCCCAGAACCCUGACUUGGACUCAGAAGCGCUGCUGGCCCUGCCGCUGACACAGCUGGUGCAGAAGUUACGCAGUGGGGAGCUGUCUCCGGAAGCAGCACUUUUUACCUAUGUGGGAAAGGCCUGGGAAGUCAACAAACAGACCAACUGUGUGACCUCCUACUUGGCUGACUGCGAGACUCAACUGGCUUCGGCAGGCCCCAAGCGGGGCCUGCUCUAUGGCGUCCCCGUGAGCCUCAAGGAGUGUUUCAACUACAAGGGCCAGGACUCCACCCUAGGCUUGAGCAUGAACCAGGGGCUGCCCGCGGACUCUGACAGUGUGGUGGUCCAGGUGCUGAAGCUGCAGGGUGCUUUGCCCUUCGUGCACACCAAUGUCCCCCAGUCCAUGUUCAGCUUCGACUGCAGCAAUCCUCUCUUUGGCCAGACCACCAACCCAUGGAAGUGCUCCAAGAGCCCAGGGGGUUCCUCAGGGGGCGAGGGGGCCCUCAUUGCGGCUGGGGGCUCCCUCCUGGGCUUAGGCACUGACAUUGGUGGCAGCAUCCGCUUCCCUUCCGCCUUCUGCGGCAUCUGUGGCCUCAAGCCCACGGGGAACCGCCUCAGCAAAAAAGGCCUGAAGGGCUGUGUGGAUGGACAGGUGGCAGUACAACUCUCUGUUGGCCCCUUGGCCCGGGAUGUGGAGAGCCUGGCACUUUGUCUGCGGGCCCUGCUGAGUGAGGACUUGUUCCGUUUGGACCCCACCGUGCCUCCGGUGCCCUUCAGGGAGGAGAUCUACAGGAGCUCUCGGCCCCUGCGCAUAGGGUACUAUGAGACUGACAACUAUACCAUGCCCACCCCGGCCAUGAAGCGCGCAGUGCUGGAGACCAAAGAGCACCUUGAGGCAGCUGGCCACACACUGGUUCCCUUCCUGCCGAGCGACAUUCCCCGUGCCGUGGAGAGGCUGACCAUAGGCGGACUGUUCAGUGAUGGCGGUCACCAGUUCCUGCAGAACUUCAAAGCUGAUUUUGUGGACCCCUGCUUGGGGGACCUGACCUUAGUUCUGAGGCUGCCCAAUUGGCUUAAAGGACUGCUGGUUUUCCUGCUGAAGCCACUGCUCCCCAGGUUGGCAGCUUUUCUCAGCAGCAUGAGGUCUCGGUCUGUGGGACAGCUCUGGGAACUGCACCGGGAGAUAGAGAUGUACCGCAACGCCGUGAUUGCCCAGUGGAGGGCGCUGGACCUGGAUGUACUGCUGACCCCCAUGCUGAGCCCUGCUCUGAACUUGAAUGCCCCAGGCAGGACCUCUGGGGCCAUCAGCUACACUGCGCUCUACAACUGCCUGGACUUCCCUGCCGGGGUGGUGCCUGUCACCAGGGUGACUGCUGAGGACGAGGCCCAGAUGCAACAGUACCCAGGCCACUUUGGGGAUAUCUGGGACUGGAUAUUUCGGAAGGGAAUGAAGAACAGCGUGGGGCUGCCCGUGGCAGUGCAGUGCGUGGCUCUGCCCUGGCAGGAGGAGCUGUGUCUGCGGUUCAUGCUCGAGGUGGAGCAGUUGCGGCCGCAGGACAAGUGGACGUCUUGUUGACCGAGCCUGCCAGCUUCCCCGGUGCUGGACGACCUGAGGCCUAGCCUAGUGGGCACAGCUCUGGCCCCUUCCCAAGGACAGGGCCGGCCUGGAGGCCGAAACGACCCCAGUCCCCUGCCCCACAAGCCCCCUGAAGCGAGCCAGAGAUCCCCUGAGUCUGGUCCCCUCUCUCUGUCCGAGCUCCCCCGUGUGGUGGCCAGUGGGUACGACAUGGACAGAGGCCCGCCAACGAGAAGAAACUGUUGUUGAUCAGUGUA